UUCACAGUUUAGUCAUGUAACCACAUUUGAAAUGACAGGAAGUUGAGAUUCUUUUGAUUUCACAGUGUGUCGACCUAUGAUCAUUAUUAGCAGCAGUUCGAGACGAAUGUUUGAAGCCCUGUAGCAUAGCCCAUUAUGUACAGUCCAGUUCUCUACAGUUCUAGGUGUUGGAUUUCAGUCUGAUAAAAUGGGAAUUCCCGAUAUCGUUAGAUAGUCUUUGUUUUUGCUCUUAGUUGUUUGUAUAUCUGUUAUCGCACCGCGCCACUCUGGCGGGGGUCCGUCCGACGCUGCAGUUCUUUUUUACAGAGCGCGUAAGAAACCUCCACUUGUCCUACGUCACAACACGUAACGUUCCACGGGUUUCUUCUCUUUCUGCCGCAGAGUUGGAACAAGGUGUCGGGUUAAGACCGCACGACUAUAAAGGAGAGGGGCAGGCAGGCUGGACACAACCAAAUAGAUAGACCGUCUGAAAGUGUUGAAACAACGAGUGGCAGAAUGACGGUUUGUUGUGAGUUGUGUGAAAGUCCAUGGAGCAGUGAGCGCUGCUCCUUUCAUCUGUUCAGCGGGGAGACAGAAAGCCGCCUGGGACUCUGCAAGAGAUUCAGGUCUACGAAGGGAGCGUCUAAAGCCAGGAGGGACCAGAUCAACUCUGAGAUCAGGAACAUGAGAACUCUGCUCCCCAUCCCUCAGGAGGACCAGGACAGACUGUCAUACCUCCACAGCAUGGCAGUUAUCACAGCAUACAUCAGGAAGAGCUUUCUGUAUAAGGGAUUAUCAGCUGAUCAGAGUCGUCUCUCCUCUUCCUCCUCCUAUCCUCUGUACGAGACCUUCCUCCCAGCCGUGCAUGGUUUCAUUCUGAUCCUCUCCUCCCGGGGCAGGCUGGUCUACGUCUCUGAGAACGUCUCUGAUUACCUGGGGCUCUCCAUGGUUGAUGUUCUUCAGGGAGACACAUUCUAUGACCUGGUGGAGAGUCAGGAUGUGGAGACAGUUAGAUCUAACCUGGAGACAGACAACACAACGUCAACUGCAGAGAGGAGUUUUGUGUGUCAGAUGCACACCUCCAAGGCCUUCAGACAAGAGUACGGUAACUGCUGUUCUAUAAUGGUCCGAGGACGCUACCAGACCAUCCCACAAUCCCCCCAGUCCACCCCCACAUCCUCCCCAGACCGUGGCCGAUCUGGCUCCCCUGUGGAGAUGGUGUUCUUGGCUCUCUGCACACCCACAGUGAACCACCUGGGCAACAGCAUCUUCUCCUCCUGCUCCUCCUCCUUCACCAGCCUCCAUAGACCAGACAUGAGCUUCAGUCACCUGGACGAAAGUGUUGUGUUUUACUUGGGCUACUCAUCGGAGGAGCUGAUUGGUCGAUCGUGGUACAGCCUCCUCCACCCUGAAGACCUCUCCUUGAGUGCCUACUCACAUAAGAGUCUGAUGCAGGCAGACGAGGGUAGGCAGAUGGAGAUGGUUCUGAGGCUCCAACACAGCGACCUCUCAUGGUCCUGGAUCUACACUAGAGCCGCUAAGCUUCCUGGGAACCAGGAAGUGAGCUGCUGUAACUACAUUAUCAGUGAAACAGAAGCCAUGUAUCUGAGGAAAAACAUCCACAGCGAUGCUUUCAGAGCCUCUCCUCCUCAGCCCUACUGCCCCUCUCCCACCCCCCAGCUGACCCAGAGCUGUUGCCCCACCAGGGACCUAAAGAGACAGAGAGAAUUCAGCCAGUGCAGUAGUAUAUCUGAGACUGAGAACAGGUCUAAGACCAGUAGGAGACAGAGAGCAGAGUCUAAUGCUGUGUUCUACAUGACAUCAUGUAGCUCCUCCUCUCAGGCCUCACCUGUCGCCGCCUUCUCCACCCCUCCCUACAGCCCCACCUCCUCCCACUACAACUCCUCCCUCUCUCCAGCACAGCAGGACGACACCAGCUCUGACUCUCUGUUGGAUGUGUUUGGCUACACAGAGAACUUAACCUACUACUACCAUUGCCCUGAGGGAGGGACUGAGGUAGGGAGUGGGCCUUCUUGCCUCCUCUCCCCCUCUAGGUCCUUCCAGCCCGGCUCGGAGCAGUCCUUCCACCAGAGUAUCUUCAGCCAGACUGACGCAUUCUCUCCUCAGUCCUGCCCUUCUUCUCCCCAGCAUGAUUGCCCAGCAUGCCCUGCUGAUGCCCGGCUGGUCCCUGACUGUCUAUCUGUAUCAGACCUGUUAGAGAGUUCAGCAGACUGCCCCAUCACCAUCCAUACUGAAGACUACAGCCUCUCGAUUCAGCCACAAGGUGAUGCCACCAGUCCAUACAGCCUCUCGGUUCAGCCACAAGGUGGUGCCACCAGUCCAUACAGCCUCUCGGUUCAGCCUCUAGGUGAUGCCACCAGUCCAUAUAGCCUCUCGGUUCAGCCUCUAGGUGGUGCCACCAGUCCAUACAGCCUCUCGGUUCAGCCACAAGGUGAUGCCACCAGUCCAUACAGCCUCUCGGUUCAGCCUCAAGGUGAUGCCACCAGUCCAUACAGCCUCUCGGUUCAGCCUCUAGGUGAUGCCACCAGUCCAUACAGCCUCUCGGUUCAGCCACAAGGGGGUGCCACCAGUCCAUACAGCCUCUCGGUUCAGCCACAAGGUGGUGCCACCAGGACAUACCAGAGCCACCAUAUACCUCAGACUGUCGCUCCUCCUAUUGGAGGCCUGCUGACCCCUAACCCCUCCCCGACCUCCGACCUCUCCUUCCUCUACAGUGACAGAGACAAGGUAGAGAUCAGUAUCCUAGCCCAGCAGAUCUCCUCUCUGGCCUCCAGCUUCGACCUGUUCAACACCCUGAGCCCCAUCCAGACCCCACGUCAGCCGAGCUCAGAACCCCUUCCCUGGGCACAGCUCCCAGGUCACUCCCCUGUCCCCCUCCGCAUCAAGCCAGAGCUGGUCCUGGAUAAGGGAGUGUUUGAUAGUCUCCUGAAGGAUCUGAGCAUGGUUCAGGGACCUGGGAGUCUGUCUCACUGCUACCAACCUCAGGACCCUUCCACCCUGGCUUUGUCUUCUCUAGUGGACCCUCUAUCCAUGCAGCAGUCAUCCCGCUCUCUCUCCCUCCCCCUGCAACACCCCUCAUCCCUCUCUCUCUCCCUCCCCAUGCAACACCCCUCAUCCCUCUCUCUCUCCCUCCCCCUGCAACACCCCUCAUCCCUCUCUCUCUCCCUCCCCAUGCAACACCCCUCAUCCCUCUCUCUCUCCCUCCCCCUGCAACACCCCUCAUCCCUCUCUCUCUCCCUCCCCCUGGACCCAUUUCACCCUAACCUGGAUCCCUUCUCUCUGAGGACAAGCUGUCAUAAUCAGACCUCUGAGUUGCAUCAACUCAACCUGCCCCACAGUCUCCAUCAAGAUGGGCUUGUUGAAGAAUCCAUGUACUGAUGUGAGUCUAAAUAGACUUACAGUACUAGCCCUCGUAUGGCAUAUUGUCAUAACUACCAAGUCUUCCAGCCAGAGUCCAAAAUGAAGACUUUUGAAAUAAUAAAUACCUUUUAAAGACUUCUACAAUAUUUAGUAGUUGGUACUUUUCAAGGGAGCAUGUUUCCCAAAUAUCUAUUAUUUUUUUAAAUUAAAUUGUGAUGAGAGGAAGUGAAUCUUAUCCAGUGAACCAAACUGCUGAGGAACUUGUUACUAUUUUGGUGUUGUGUUAACUAUAUUGAUACCUGUUGACUGCUGUAAUUCACCAUCUGUGUUGAUGAUGAUGUUGUCCUGAUUCUGGUAGCAUUGUACUGCACUGUUACCAUCUAGAAAACUGACGAUCAGAUAUGUAGAAUUGAUGUUUCUGUGAAUGUCGAGGGACCGUGAUGAUGAUUUACUACUGAGCACUUUCUGGAUGUGUUUGAGCUCCACGCGACGUGGAGACCUCCUCCCAGAGGAGGUUGAAGCUGAAUAGUAGAUUCUAAAACGCGACCCAAAUGACACACUAUUCCCUGUAUAGUGCACUACUGUUGACCAGAGCCCUAUGGAACCCUAUUCCCUGUAUAGUGCACUACUGUUGACCAGAGCCCUAUGGAACCCUAUUCCCUUUAUAGUGCACUACUUUUGACCAGAGCCCUAUGGAGAUAUAGGGUGCCAUUUGAGAAACACCCAUAGGUGUUAAAAAGAUAAUGAAGUAACUACCUCAGUAAUGCCACUACAUUCAUUCCUAGCCUGAAACUACUGUUUAGUAAGUGCGUGUAUUUAUUGGUAGAGAUGACUGUUAUACAUAUUGUUUCAUUCCCGUGUUUGUCUACAAGUUGUGCUACUGAAAACUCUUUGUUUGUAACCAUUGGUAACCAUUAUUCAGUACAUUUGUCUAGAAUACAUAUGUUGUUUUGAUAAAAUGCUGCUUGGUUGGAUGUAAUUGUACAAAAGGAAAGUAUUUUUGCAAUUGGUUUUCUAAUUUUUAAAAUGCAAGUUAUUAAAACGCAUAAAAUAUGAUUGUGAUGUGAUAUCUUAGUUAUGACAAAAUAAAAAAGCUACAAGACAAGAUAUGAUCACAAUAACUAGCUGUAUCUCGUGAAUGAGAAGAACAGGCAGAGAUGUGUUUUAAAGCUGAUCUUGUCCUGACAAAGCCGUAUGAAUGUGCUUGCCUGGGCCCAUCAGGAGACAGGUUUCCAUUGGCCCAUCA